AUGCUCGGUAUAGAUGCUUCUGGGCUAGACCCAGCAUAUUCUGCCUCUAACUCUGAAAUUAGUGUGGAGCAACUGGAGAGCGGAGAAGUACUUGAAUAUGGAGAUGGUCUUUCUGCAGGGUCAGCUCCAGCAUCUCAUGUUCCCCGUUCGCAAGUGCAAACAAAUGUUUUUCAUUCCGUCUCUCAGCCUUCUUCCUCGUCACCUUCUUUUGCAGUUGCUGAAGGGCCAGAGGCAAAUUUUCCUUCCAUCGCAGAAGGAGAAACUCAAGAAACGCGAUGGGUUGACCUACAAACGCGGAGCUCCCAAGAAAGCCACACAAUCGACAAUGCGGCGAAUGCAUCACCUACUGGGAACAAUAUCAUGCCUAAAGAAGGGAUUCUGGGGGAAAGCACCAUGCAAGUGUCGACCAAUCUGCACGCCCCUGUUCUAGGUGGACCGGCGCCCUUUAUGCUCGGUAUAGAUGCUUCUGGGCUAAACCCAGCAUAUUCUGGCUCUGGGUCUGGUGAACAGCGGCUAGAGAGCAAGGAAAUAUGUCAUGAUGGAAAUUGUCCUCCUGGAGUGUCAUUUCCUGCAGGUAAUGUUCAAUAUUUGCAGAUGCCGGCACAGGCUGUACAGCCACUCUGGGCGACAUAUUCUUCAUUGCCAUGUUUCGUAGGCUGCACGACAGCAGGCCAGCAGUUUGUCUUGCUUACGGAGCAACCAAGGCCUCAAUUCUUGCAUAUCGGGUUCUCACAACCAGGACCAUCUGCGUCGGGGCCACUGCUGGUGCAGCUGCCUUCCGUGAAUCUGGCGCCAGCAGCAGUUCCCCUUACAACACAGGCCCUUCCUAUUACGCAGUCUUCAGACGCACUAGGUCAUAAUACACAACCUCAGCUUCCGCGGACUGCUGAGGCGCAAACUUUGGCCUCAGCCUCAGUAGAGGCCUCAAAUCAUGCAGGUGAAGGGACCUCAACACCAAACGCAGAAACAGGGUCUCUUCCAGUGCCGGCGGGGGCAAGCGAUCCCAGUACCAAGCACCCCUUUAUUCGGCUUCCCGCUCUAGGUCCGAAGGUUAAACCGGGCCAGCUCGUGGGUCAUAUGAAGGGUUGUUUGUUUAGAGAUCAGCCUAUUGUUAAUCGCCUCAAAAUCGUCAGGAGUCUCCUUUCACUCCCUGUACUGCACGCUCCAGAUGCAAAUUUUCUCAUUUUUACUACAGCAGAACUGGCGCUUCGCGCACUUACCACAAUGAGGAGCUCAGCUGCUAUGCUGCGGCCUUCUAUGGCUGUAAGAGCCCUAGGGCGUCGGUUUCUAGUUUUCAAUACGGUUCAUUCAGUAUUGGCAAUAGUAGGGAAGAAUCCGCAACUGGAAGGUUUGUGGGGCAAAAUUAUCCGUCUCGUGCCGACGAUGUAUACCCGCGAACCUCCAGAAAUAUUGCGUGGCAAGAACAAAUUUUUGUAUCUUUUGGCAAAGCAGUUAGAAGAGGCUCUCCAGUUAUACAAAGAAGGCAGUGGACCUUCAGAAGAACAAAUAAUCGACAUCAAACGAAAGUUGUUCUGCUCGGAUUACUCGCCAGGGUGUUUCCGCAGUUCCCCGUGGGAUCCGUGGAGAGAGGACGACGCGCAAUAUAAGGAGUCCCCAUGA